AGAACACUUUGUACGUUGUUUAUGUUGAUUUGUUGAUUUUCCAAUUUUCUAUAAUCAUUAUAAUCUCAUCAUUUUCAUCAUCCAUCUGGACUUUUCUUAGUUUUCUUCAUUCUUCUGCAAUAAAUCAUGAAAACCAGGUACAAUACCUACGAUAUAAUAUGCACCAUUGCAGAGCUGCAAAAAUUCAUUGGAAUGCGGGUGAACAAUAUUUAUGACAUUGAUAAUAAAACCUAUCUGAUCAGACUUCAGAGAACUGAAGAGAAGCAAGUAUUGCUUCUGGAGUCUGGUAUAAGAAUUCAUUCCACUAGUUUUGAAUGGCCAAAAAACGUUGCUCCUUCAGGGUUCAGUAUGAAGAUGAGGAAACAUUUGAAAAAUAAACGUUUGGAAUCUCUAACACAAUUGGGGGUGGAUAGGAUAGUUGACUUAACAUUUGGGUCUGGAGAAGCAGCUUAUCAUGUCAUUAUUGAGUUGUUUGACAGAGGGAAUAUGCUUCUUACUGAUUAUGAAUAUGUUAUUCUCUAUGUCCUCAGACCUCACACUGAGGGGGAUAAGAUUAAAUUUGCUGUCAAAGAAAAAUAUCCAUUGGAUCGCGCUAGAGGAGAAGGUGUCAUCAGUAAAGAAAAGAUGAUAGAGCUUUUAGAAAGUGGCAAACCAGGAGAUCAACUGAAAAAGAUCCUUGUGCCAAAUUUAGAAUAUGGUCCUCCUCUAAUUGAACAUGUUUUACGUAUUCAUGGAUUUUCUGGAUCAACAAAAAUUGGAAAGGAUUUUGAUAUAGCUAACAAUAUUGAUGCUCUUAUGUCUGCAAUUAAUGAAGCUGAACAUUUGUUCCAGAAAUCACUAUCAGGGCAUAAUGAGGGUUAUAUAAUACAAAAAAGAGAAGAACGUGUGGCUACUGAAGCUAACAGUUCAUCUGAGUUCCUCUCUAACCAGGAGUUCCAUCCCAUCCUUUUUGAACAACAUAAAUCGCUGCCUCACAAGGAUUUCACCAGUUUCAAUGAAGCUGUUGAUGAAUUCUUCUCCUCAUUGGAAAGUCAAAAACUGGAAUUGCGUGCAAUGCAACAGGAGAAAGAUGCUAUGAAAAAGCUGGCAAAUGUCCGAAAAGACCAUGACCAACGUUUACAAGCUUUGGAAAAAACACAAAAUGUUGAUAAACAAAAAGCUGAGCUCAUCACUAGAAAUCAGGAAUUGGUGGAUAAUGCCGUUUUAGUAGUUCAAACUCUAUUGGCUAAUCAAGUCUCUUGGGAAGAUAUUGAUGAUAUGGUGAAAACAGCUGCCACAAAAGGGGAACCAGUAGCUAAGUUAAUAAAACAGCUGAAACUAGAAAUGAACCACAUCAGCCUGCAUCUGGUGGAUCCUUUUGAAGAAUCUAAUGAGGAUGAGAAGCUACCAUCUAUGGUAGUUGAAAUUGAUUUGGCACUUUCUGCUUUUGCAAACGCCAGAAAAUAUUAUGAUCAGAAACGCUCAGCAGCUAAAAAACAGCAGAAGACCAUAGAAUCCCAAAGUAAAGCCUUGAAAUCUGCUGAGAGAAAGACAAAACAAACUUUGAAAGAGGUUCAGACCAUAACAAAUAUAAACAAAGCAAGAAAGGUUUAUUGGUUUGAGAAGUUUUUCUGGUUUGUCAGUUCUGAGAACUAUUUGGUGAUUGCUGGAAGAGAUCAGCAACAAAACGAGUUGAUAGUGAAGAGAUAUAUGAAACCAACUGACGUAUAUGUUCACGCAGAUAUUCACGGUGCUAGUAGUGUUAUUAUAAAGAACCCGAGUGGAUUACCCGUACCUCCAAAAACACUGAAUGAAGCUGGUACUAUGGCAAUUUGUUACAGCGUUGCAUGGGACGCCAAAGUGGUGACAAACGCGUAUUGGGUGUGGGGAGAGCAAGUCAGCAAGACUGCCCCAACAGGAGAGUACCUGAGUACCGGUAGUUUCAUGAUCAGGGGGAAGAAGAAUUUUCUGCCGCCCACCCACUUGAUUUUGGGGCUGAGUUUCCUCUUCAGGCUCGAAGAUGGCUGCGUGGAAAAACACAAGGGCGAAAGGAAAGUAAUGACUGUCAACGAAGAUGACGCUUUGAGCAGUGUAGCAAGUGAAGAGGACGCUAAUGAAGUCGAAGUUGAAGUUGAGGUAGACGACAGUGAUGGCGAUGAAGAUGAUAAAGAGACUGACACAAAUGAAGAUAACAAAGACAGAUUAGGAACUGAAAACAAGUUGGAAGAUAUUUCGGAACAUUCUAGCGAUGAUGAGAAUUCUCAGUUUCCCGAUACUCACAUCAAAAUUCAACACUUUGCUGGUACCAAGAUGAAUUUAAUGACAGAACAUACUCAACUUAUUCAGAAAUCAAAUCAGGACGACAAUGUGAUUUUUCUUGGUGAUAACAUACCAGUUAUCUUAAAAAAUAAUAAAAAACAAACAAACAAUAAAAACGAUCAGAAAAACAAGAACCGCAUCAAUGCUCCUGAAGCAGAGAGAGUUAUAGAAAAUUCGAAACAAGUAUCCAAGCGAGGACAAAAAAGUAAAUUGAAGAAGAUCAAGGAAAAAUACAAGGAUCAAGAUGAUGAGGAAAGGAAAAUGAGAAUGGAAAUAUUGCAGUCAUCGGGCACGUCCAAGGACACGAAGAAAUCAAAGAAGCACAAAGACGACGCGGAUAAGCGCAAACCGGCGCCGAGACCGGCGAGAGCGCCGGCGCCGCGGGAAGCCGGUGCGGGGGGCGAGGACGGCGACGACGAGCCGACGGUGCAGGCGGACGUCGACGUCAUCGACGCCCUGACGGGGGUGCCGGCCGCCGAGGACGAGCUGCUGUUCGCCGUGCCGGUCGUGGCGCCCUACAACGCCCUGUCGAGUUACAAAUUCAAAGUGAAACUAACUCCAGGAACAGCAAGAAGAGGGAAAGCUGCAAAAACGGUAGUUGCCAUUUUUCUGAAGGAUCGGUCUAUUACUCCAAGAGAAAAGGAUUUAUUGAAAGCUGUGAAAGAUGAACAACUUGCCAGGAAUAUUCCUGGAAAAGUGAAACUUUCAGCUCCCAAACUCCAAGUUAAUAGAAAAUGAUAAUGAUUGUUAUAUAUUAUUAUUUAAACUGUUGAUCAAUAAUUAUCAUGUAUUAA